GCCAGGGCUCACAAGACUCCCCCCUCCCACUUCUUCCUGGAGCUCUGCAAGGCAGAAAAGCGGCUCUGCAUCUUCCCUGGGGAUCUGGUCCUUGGGAUCUGGUGGAUCGAGGGCAAAGGAGGGUUCUUGUGUGAGAGAUCCCUAGGACUCUACCAUGGUGGUCCUACAUUAUUACCAGCGGCCAAGUGAGGCAGAAAGUGGCCUCAGCAGCCUUCUUCGUUCAGCCCAAGCUGCUUUGGGAAGUGGCGUCCGAGCGGUACAGAAGGAAUUGUGUUUCAAUGUCAACUGGACAGGGAGCACACCUCCAAAUGUCCAAGAGACAGAGAUGCUGCAGUGGGUCUUUGGCUGCCCCUUUGAACAUGGCGACAUUGCAAACGAAUCCUUUCUCAGUCCAUCCCCUUCCGAUUUACUGGUAGAGAUUGGUCCCCGGCUGAACUUCUCUACAGCAGUUUCUACUAAUGCAGUAUCAGUGUGCAGGGCAGCUGGACUAGAAAAGAUUGACCGCAUUGAGUGUUCCCGUCGCUACCUCUUCAAGUGUGACCAGUGUCCAAAAUCAUCCCAGGAGGCCACCUUAGUAUCUUCUCUCUAUGACCGGAUGACUGAACAGUGUUACCCAGAACCCAUCAAUAGCUUUGCUGUAGCAAUCCAUCCUGAACCUGUGUUCCAUGUUGAUAUUCUUGGAGAAGGGAGAGCUGCCUUAGUCAAGGCCAACAACCAGCUGGGUCUGGCCUUUGAUUCUUGGGACCUGGAUUUUUACACUGCUCUUUUCCAGAAACUUGGCAGAAAUCCCACCAGCGUGGAAUGCUUCGAUCUGGCUCAGUCAAACAGUGAACAUAGCCGACAUUGGUUCUUCAAGGGACGGCUCCUGGUGAAUGGCCAGGAGUUAAAGGAGUCACUCUUUGAAUCCAUCAUGAAGACCCAGGAACACAGCAACCCCAACAAUGUUAUCAAGUUUUGUGACAACAGCAGUGCAAUCCAGGGCAGGGAAGUCCUUUCACUGUGGCCUAGCGAUCCCUCCCGCGCCAGCCCCUUUGAGAAGCGUACCUCCACCCGACAUGUCAUUUUCACAGCCGAGACCCACAACUUCCCCACUGGGGUUGCCCCCUUCAGCGGUGCCACCACAGGGACAGGUGGACGGAUUCGGGAUGUGCAAUGUGCAGGCCGUGGGGCUCACGUCAUUGCUGGCACGGCUGGGUACAGUUUUGGCAAUCUCCACAUCCCAGGAUACUCAUUACCAUGGGAAGAUUCGUCCUUCCCUUAUCCUGGCAACUUUGCCCGGCCUGUGGAGGUGGCCAUUGGAGCUAGUGAUGGUGCUUCAGAUUAUGGCAACAAAUUUGGAGAACCUGUGUUGGCAGGCUUUGCUCGCUCUUUUGGGAUGCGCCUAGCAGAUGGCGAGAGGCAUGAGUGGAUCAAGCCCAUCAUGUUCAGUGGUGGCAUCGGGGCAAUGGAGGAUUUGCAUGUGCGCAAGGAAGUCCCACAACCUGGUAUGGAUGUAGUAAAGGUUGGAGGCCCUGUUUAUCGAAUUGGUGUUGGCGGGGGAGCUGCUUCUUCCAUCCAGGUACAAGGUGAUAAUGCUAGUGAGCUAGACUUUGGAGCAGUACAGCGUGGCGAUGCUGAGAUGGAGCAAAAGAUGAACCGGGUCUUGCGAGGCUGUGUGGAGAGUGGAGAGGACAAUCCCAUCUGCAGCUUGCAUGAUCAGGGUGCUGGAGGCAACGGGAAUGUUCUGAAGGAGCUGAGUGAACCAGCCGGAGCUGUGAUCUAUGCAAGCCGCUUCCAGCUAGGAGAUCCCACGCUGAGUGUUCUGGAGAUCUGGGGGGCUGAGUACCAGGAAUCGAAUGCCCUCUUGCUACGUCCUCGCCAUACGGAUUUCCUCCACCGACUGGCCCGUCGCGAACGGUGCCCUGUUGACUUUGUGGGCAGGAUUACAGGCGAUGGACGGAUUGUGCUGGUUGAUGACACCAAGCUUCCCGUGAGUGAGACCGAGGUGGCAAAGGGGCAUGUGGGUGAACGAUCCACACCUGUGAACUUAAAGCUGGAAUGGGUUCUGGGCAAGAUGCCACGCAAGGAAUUUGUUUUGAAUCAUGUGAACCGAGCCCUCCGGCCUCUGGAUCUUCCCCAUGACCUGAGUGUGGUGGAUGCCCUUCAGCGUGUGCUGAGGCUGCCAGCUGUGGCAAGUAAACGAUACCUGACCAAUAAGGUUGAUCGUUCAGUGACGGGGCUGGUGGCACAGCAGCAAUGUGUGGGUCCCCUCCACACCCCAUUGGCAGAUGUUGCCGUGGUGGCACUCUCCCCCUUUGAGACAGUUGGAGGAGCCACAGCCAUCGGGGAGCAACCUAUCAAAGGCCUCAUUGACCCUGCUGCUGGUGCUCGAAUGGCAGUGGCAGAAUCCCUCACAAACCUGGUGUUUGCUCGUGUCAGUGACCUUAAGGACGUCAAAUGCAGUGGGAAUUGGAUGUGGGCGGCCAAGUUGCCUGGGGAAGGAGCAGCCUUGGCUGAGGCCUGCAGAGCCAUGUGCUCCGUGAUGGGUGAACUGGGAGUGGCUGUGGACGGAGGCAAGGAUUCUCUCAGCAUGGCAGCUCGUGUUGGCACAGAAACCGUUAAAGCACCUGGGACUCUUGUCAUCUCGGCUUAUGCUGUCUGUCCAGAUAUCACUGCCACAGUCACUCCUGACUUGAAAUGUCCAGAUGGGAAAGGGGCUCUGCUUCAUGUGGCCAUCAGUCCUGACCAACAUCGCCUUGGGGGCAGUGCUUUGGCCCAGUGCUUCUCUCAGUUGGGGCAUCUUUCACCAGAUUUGGACAACCCCAGGACUCUUGUCUCCUGUUUCCAAGUCACCCAGCGUCUGCUCCAAGACGCAAUGAUUUCCUCUGGGCAUGACGUGAGUGAUGGGGGCCUCCUGACUUGUAUGCUAGAGAUGGCUUUUGCUGGGAACUGUGGUGCUCAGAUAGAGCUGGCUGCUCCUGGAAUCAGAGCCCUGGAUGUGCUUUUUGCUGAGGAACUUGGGCUGGUCCUGGAGGUCCCUCGUUCAGCAGCAGCUGAAGUCUGCCAGCGCUACCGUGAAGCUGGUGUGCGGUGUGUUCCUGUUGGAUAUUCAGGUCCAAGGGGACCCAAUGCUACUGUCCGGGUUACUUUGAAUGGCCAGGAAGUGCUGGUGGAGAAAGUGGCAACUUUGAGAGGCUGGUGGGAGGCCACCAGCUUCCAACUGGAGAGGCUGCAAGCCAACCCAGACUGCGUGGCCCAAGAAGAGACGGGGCUGACCAAGCGCACAGAACCCAGCUUUACCAUGACCUUCAACCCUCAGGAAGAGCUUCCUCUACUACAAGAGAUGGCCCUGCCUGCCCCCCGAGUUGCCAUUCUUCGCGAGGAAGGAAGUAAUGGGGACCGGGAAAUGGUGGCUGCAUUCCUCAUGGCUGGUUUCCAGGUUUGGGACCUCACAAUGGAAGACUUGUGCUCUGGCGAGAUGACACUGGAUUCCUUCCGGGGCUUGGUGUUCGUUGGAGGCUUCAGCUAUGCAGAUGUGUUAGGCUCUGCCAAAGGUUGGGCAGCGUCAGUGACCUUUAACCCCCGGGCCCAGGCUCAGUUCCAGGCAUUCCACCGACGCAAAGAUACUUUCAGCUUGGGCGUGUGUAAUGGCUGCCAGUUGAUGGCAUUGCUUGGCUGGGUGGGAAUGGACAACACAAAUGCCGAGGAUGUAGGUGGCACCAUCCAGCCAGGGUUGCUGUUGAGUCCUAACAAUUCUGGGCGUUUUGAGUCGCGUUUUGUGAGCCUGGGCAUUGAGGAGAGUCCAGCGCUGAUGUUGCAGGGAAUGGCUGGUUCCACCCUGGGCAUCUGGGUGGCACAUGGUGAAGGUCGAAUGCGCUUCCGCUCCUCUGAAGUCCUGGCUAAGGUGCGCUCUGCUCGCUUGAUCCCGCUACGCUAUGUGGAUGACCAGGGGCUGCCGACUGAAGAAUAUCCUCUCAAUCCCAAUGGCUCCCCUCUGGGCAUUGCAGGCAUUUGUUCUCCUGAUGGCCGCCACUUGGCAAUGAUGCCUCACCCAGAGCGUUGUGUCUUGCCUUGGCAGUGGCCAUGGAUGCCCACCUCCUGGCGCCAGUCCAUGAAGGUCUCACCAUGGCUUCGCAUGUUCCAGAAUGCUUGCGAGUGGUGUCUGCGUUAUCCUCAGGGCCAGCCAUGACCUGAUUUUCCUCAGUUGGGUUUUGUCUUUUUAAUGUGACUUUUUAGGCCUACUGACAAACUGCUCUUUGUCACUAAUCAGAAGCUGGACUAGAUGAGAUAAAACUUAACAGUCUCUUCCAAGGUGCUGCUAUCUUUAUCCAUAGGCUGGGCUCCUCACCCUUUCAAUGCUUUCUCCCACAUUAUGGAACUUGAGAGGGAGUCAUGGAAAAAUUGGUGUGCAGUUCCUCUGCUGAACACUGGAGGUCGACAUUGUGCAACAAGGAGUGAGUGGUUUAAUUGCAGACCAAUGCAGUUUUCAAAGUGCCAAUAAAUGCAAAUUACUUUUA